AUGACCCCUACACUGGCGUCUGUUCCACUUGCACCGUCUAAACUGGCACAGACACUGGCGUUGGGGCACUUCCCGGGGCAUUCUGGGGGCGGAGCUGCCCUUUCAGCCUGGGGACGCUCCUUAAAGCUACGGCAGUGCUGCACCACCUUUUUCUGUGAAACCUCAUUAGAGGCAUUGCGGCGACGGCGCAGCCACGCUAUCCCUGGCCGCCGCAGCUCUCAGAGCUGUGGAAAUGCCAGUUCGGUGACCCUUCCAGAGACGUUGCUGUUUGUUUCAACUCUGGAUGGGAAUUUACACGCUGUGAGCAAGAGGACAGGGUCGAUUAAGUGGACUUUAAAAGAAGAUCCUGUACUUCAGGUGCCAUUACAUGUAGAAGAACCUGCAUUUCUUCCUGACCCUAAUGACGGCAGUCUGUACACUCUUGGUGGCAAGAAUACCGAAGGCUUGACAAAACUGCCAUUCACCAUUCCUGAGCUGGUUCAAGCAUCCCCUUGUCGCAGUUCAGAUGGAAUCCUGUACAUGGGAAAGAAGCAGGAUAGCUGGUAUGUAAUAGACCUCAUGACAGGGGAGAAACAGCAAACUCUGACCUCUUCAUUUGCCGAAAGCCUUUGCCCGUCUACGUCUCUCCUGUAUCUUGGCCGAACAGAGUACACAAUAACGAUGUACGACACCAAGAGUAAAGAGCUCCGAUGGAAUGCCACCUACUUCGAUUAUGCAGCCACGCUGCCUGAUGAAGAUGUUCAGUACAAAAUGUCCCAUUUUGCAUCUAAUGGCGAUGGGCUGGUGGUGACUGUGGACAGCGAGUCUGGGGACGUCCUGUGGAUCCAGAAUUAUGGCUCCCCCGUUGUAGGAUUUUAUAUCUGGCAGCGGGAGGGGUUAUGGAAAGUAAUGCACACCAAUGUGGGGGUAGAAACGCUGCGCUACCUAACAUUCAUGUCUGGCGAAGUUGGACGCAUCACAAAGUGGAAAUACCCCUUUCCUAAAGAAACGGAGGCGAAGAGCAAAUUGGUGCCAACGCUCUACGUAGGGAAAUAUUCCACCAGCUUGUAUGCGUCGCCGUCAAUGGUUCAUGAAGGGGUGGCUAUUAUGCCCCGGGGAAGUGCAAUACCGUUGAUAGAGGGUCCAAAAACACGUGGUGUCACCAUUGAAGACAACGGUGAAUGUGUUAUCACUCCCAGUACUGACCUAAAGUUUACCUCUGGAUUUAAACACAAGAACAGACUCAACUAUUUGAGGCAUCACUGGCUUUUAAUAGGGCACCAUGAGACACCAUUGUCGGCCCCCAAAAAGAUCCUGGAGAAAUUUCCAAGCAAUUUGCCAAAGCGGCAAGAAAAUAUUAUACCAGCAGAUUCUGACAAAGCAGCUUUUGAAGAGGCCAUUGAUAUUACCGGGCAUUCCACAAAAGACUUGCCCCCUCCCACCCCAGAGGACGCCGAAGAGAUGCUCAGCCAGCCUGCGCCCCGGCCAGAAGCUCCCGUGGAUUCCAUACUGAAGGACAUGGCCACUGUCAUCCUCAGCACAUUCUUACUUGUCAGCUGGGUUGCCUUUAUCAUCACGUAUCCAAUGAGUGUGCACCAUCAGCAACAGCGACAACACCAGCAAUUCCAGAAACAGCUGGAGGAGAAGAUCCAGCUGUUGCAGCAUCAGCCCUUCAGUCCUGCCAUUGAUUUGCCCCCUGAGGCAGACUUCUUGGAAGGUUCCUGUGCAAGGGCAGAGAGUUCAGCCGCCAGUACACCAAACAUGUCCCCGAAGGCAUCAAAUCACUCUGCAUAUUCCAAUGUUUCUGCCUCUGAUGUCGGGAGUGGUCUCUCCACUGAGCAGGAAGAAGAUGGAGAUACAGGUGCCAUCUCAGUUGGAAAGAUUUCAUUCCACCCAAAGGACAUGCUCGGACAUGGAGCCGAGGGGACUAUUGUUUAUAGGGGGACAUUUGAUAACCGAGCAGUAGCCGUGAAGAGAAUUCUCCCCGAAUGCUUCAGCUUUGCUGAUAGAGAGGUGCAGCUGUUGCGAGAAUCGGACGAACAUCCAAAUGUGAUCCGCUACUUCUGCACGGAGAGGGAUCGCCAGUUCCAGUACAUAGCCCUUGAGCUCUGUGCCGCCACUUUACAGGAGUAUGUGGAACAAAAGGACUUCAGUCACCAUGGUUUGGAGCCUAUCACUGUUCUGCAACAGACCAUGUCUGGUCUUGCUUAUCUCCACUCUCUCAAUAUUGUCCACAGAGAUCUGAAGCCCCAUAAUAUCCUCAUUUCUAUGCCUAAUGCCCAUGGUAAGGUCAAAGCCAUGAUCUCAGACUUUGGCCUGUGUAAGAAGCUUGCGGUGGGCCGACACAGUUUCAGCCGUCAGUCUGGAGUGCCAGGCACCGAAGGCUGGAUAGCUCCAGAGAUACUGAGUGAGGACCGCAAAGAGAACCCAACACAUACAGUAGAUAUUUUUUCAGCAGGGUGUGUCUUCUAUUAUGUGAUAUCGGAAGGAAACCACCCAUUUGGCAAAUCCCUGCAGAGGCAAGCCAAUAUUUUGCUAAGUGCCUACAGCCUGGACUUCCUAAAUCCAGAGAAGCAUGAAGACAUAGUUGCUCGCGACUUAAUAGAGCAAAUGAUAAGUACAGAUCCUCAGAAGCGGCCUUCAGCUAACUGCGUGCUAAAGCAUCCAUUUUACUGGGGUUUAGAAAAGCAGCUCCAGUUUUUCCAGGAUGUCAGCGACCGAAUAGAAAAAGAAUCCUUAGAUGGCCCGAUAGUCAAGGAGCUGGAGAGAGGCGGGAGAGCGGUGGUGAAAAUGGACUGGAGGGAGCAUAUCACUGUCCCUCUACAGACAGAUCUUCGAAAAUUCCGUUCCUAUAAAGGGGGUUCAGUAAGAGAUCUCUUGCGGGCCAUGAGAAAUAAGAAGCACCACUACAGAGAACUUCCCCCAGAAGUGCAGGAGACUCUGGGUUCUGUCCCGGACGACUUUGUGCGUUACUUUACAUUGCGUUUCCCUCACCUCCUUCUGCACACCUACCACGCUAUGCAAAUCUGCUCCCAGGAAAGACUGUUCCAGCCUUAUUAUAUGCAGGACUCUGUGCAGACACCUCCAGGAGACACCGUUUGA